AUGAUCUGGCUCCUGCAUGGCUCAUCUGAUCCGUUCAAUGCGUGCCCCAUCAAAAUCACACCGGAAGUCAACCGUAUCAUCACUUUUGCAAGAGACGUCAUGCUUCCAAACAUCUUCAGCCCACCAUUUUUCCGACGUCUUACCAUAGGAGGCCCUAAGAUAGUCAACUAUGAGAACUCUGAUCGGGUCAUUGGAGGGUCAAGCUUUCUUCUCAGCAUGAAGGGAUUCAGAGACAUGAACGAGGGCGCCGCUCUUGCCUGGUUGUGCGGUCACAUUCCUGGCAUAGUGCGUCUCACCUCUGCCCAAACCACUAGGCAACUUUCGACAGCGAGGCUCAAAAUGCGGGCCAAAAGCCUCAAAUUGCUGCGAGAAGAGCUCGCCGGGCGCCCACAAACAUCGCCCGAAUCGUUGGCUGCGUUGAGACUACAUAUUCGCUGUCUAUUCGAAACGGAGUGUAUGGCGGGAGACACGAUAGCAGCCAAAGCUCAUGCGGAUAUCCUUCUGCGUCUCCCCGACCCCAUUUCUGAUGAGAUGGAGCGUGUUCAGCACACUCUGGUUAUGAUGUUCGAUGCCACCGAACUGGCCUGCAAGAAACUGGAAAGGACGGUUGUGCCUUUCGGUAACUGGACCGCGAAGGCCCAUGCAAGGCUAUGGGCACUCGCUUCUCCUUAUAUGCCAGUCCCUCCUAUAGGAGUCCACAACGCUCACCCGUGUGUGGAAAUUCCUGAGCAUCGCGAGGCAAUGGUCAGAUUGAGAUAUUGCUUGUGGCUCGCUGAAACCCCGUUGCCAUUCGCAACUGCUCAAGAGAGACUCAAGGCCGAUAUGGUCUUUGCCUGGAUUGCGACCAAGACGUUUCAUGAUCUCGGAAUUCUGAUCAACUUGUACGUGGACAUAAUGGAGGGGAGAAUUCAUUUUAAUUCAGAAGGCCACCGACUGACGCAGGCAUGCAUGGUUCUCACACUGGUGUAUGAGAGCCGUAAACGCGUGCACGAGGCGAUCAUAGAGGAUGGUGCUGACAUACGAGAAGCUUCGCAUGUCAUCAUGCCUCGACUGGCGCGGGACAUGGUGACAGCCAUGGAGAUGCUAAAUCUAGUCGAAUGGAUACACUAUCAAGAGGCAUACCUAUGGAUGCUCUACGCCGGCGCGCUGUACGAGCAACGACAGAAAUUCAAGGUACGGCGUACCAAUCUGAAUAUAAAAACCGAAUCACUCGAAGAACCGUGGUUCAUAACGACGCUAGCAAAGCAUGCCGAUCAAAUGAAAGUUACAACCUGGCAGGAUGCAAAACCCAUUUUGGGGAGAUUCGUUUAUGAUGAGCAUUUGGAGCCAGACGGCCACCUGUGGUUCGAAGAAGUUGUGCGUACACAAAGAACCCCUGAAGAAUGA